AUGGCCACAGCAGGAAAUCCCUGGAGCUGGUUCCUAGGGUUCCUCAUCCUUGGUAUCACAGGAUCGCUCGUCUCUGGUAGCUGCAGCCGAAUCAUAAACGGCGAGGACUGCAGCCCGCACUCGCAGCCCUGGCAGGCGGCACUGGUCAUGGAAAACGAAUUGUUCUGCUCGGGCGUCCUGGUGCAUCCGCAGUGGGUGCUGUCAGCCGCACACUGUUUCCAGAACUCCUACACCAUCGGGCUGGGUCUGCACAGUCUUGAGGCCGACCAAGAGCCAGGGAGCCAGAUGGUGGAGGCCAGCCUCUCCGUACAGCACCCAGAGUACAACAGACCCUUGCUCGCCAACGACCUCAUGCUCAUCAAGUUGGACGAAUCCGUGUCCGAGUCUGACACCAUCCGGAGCAUCAGCAUUGCUUUGCAGUGCCCUACCGCGGGGACCUCUUGCCUCGUGUCUGGCUGGGGUCUGCUGGCGAACGGCAGAAUGCCCACCGUGCUGCAGUGCGUGAACGUGUCAGUGGUGUCUGAGGAGGUCUGCAGUAAGCUGUAUGACCCGCUGUACCACGCCAGCAUGUUCUGCGCCGGCGGAGGGGAAGACCAGAAGGACUCCUGCAAUGGUGACUCUGGGGGUCCCCUGAUCUGCAACGGGUACUUGCAGGGCCUCGUGUCUUUCGGAAAAGCCCCGUGUGGCCAAAUUGGCGUGCCAGGCGUCUACACCAACCUCUGCAAAUUCACUGAGUGGAUAGAGAAAACCAUCCAGGCCAGUUAACUAUGGGGACUGGGAACCCAUGAAAUUGACCCCCAAAUACAUCCUGCUGAAGGAAUUCAGGAAUACCUGUUCCCAGCCCUUCCUCCCUCAGGCCCAGGAGUCCAGGCCCCCAGCCCCUCCUCCCUCAGACCCAGGGUACAGGCCCCCAGCCCCUCCUCCCUCAGACCCCAGGAGUCCAGACCCCCCAGCCCCUCCUCCCUCAGACCCAGGAGUCCAGCUCCUCCUCCCUCAGACUCAGAAGUCCAGGCCCCCAACCCCUCCUUCCCCAGACCCAGAGGUCCAGGUCCCAGCCCCUCCUCCCUCAGACCCAGUGGUCCAAUGCCAGCUAGACUCUCCCUGUACACAGUGCCCCCUUGUGGCACGUUGACCCAACCUUACCAGUUGGUUUUUCAUUUUUUGUCCCUUUCCCCUAGAUCCAGAAAUAAAGUCUAAGAGAAGCGCAGGUUCUGUUUGUAGUGUCCUCCUUGCUUCCGCUUCCAUUCAAGAGAUUCCAGCAAAUGGCUUUCCCUCC